CUCUGUGCUCUGAUCAUGGAUGCCCGGCUGGUCUGCAGCUCUCUGACUCUGUUGCUGUCCAUCACAGGAGCCCUCAGCUCUGCAGAUGACGGCUGGUUCGUGAAAGUUCAGCCAGAGGUACGAGGCAUCGAGGGCUACCCGGUCGUGCUACCCUGCACCUUGAGCCACCCACAGCACUCCCAGCAUUCCUCCCUGCAGGUUGUGUGGCGUCUGGGCCACGGCCAGAGUGCCAUCAUCCUGUACCGCUGCACCAGCAAGCCCGGGACCCCUACCUGUGAGCCGGGGCCAAAGCAGGACCAGCGCUACCGGCUGGAGGGAAACCCAAGGGAACACGACCUGUCGCUGCGCAUCAGUGGCGCCACCCUGCAGGACAAUGGACGCUACUACUGCCGAGUGGAGAUUCAAGGGCGAGAACACAUCAGCUCUGAGGACAAGAUGGGGACCAGACUGCGAGUGGAAGCUCCUCCAAAGAUCCUGACCCUGUCGGUGGAGGGCACUGAACAGUCCGGGUACAGAGCUCUGUGUCAGGUCCGGGGAUCCCCGCUGCCGGACGUGCAGUGGCUCAGCCCGGAUGACCUGCUAGAGGGAUCUCUUGUUGGGCCAGUGGCUCAGGGCUCUGCAGGUCACUACCAUACCGUCAGUCAGCUGAGAGACGUAGAGCCGGGCCAGCAGUACACCUGCAGCGCCUCCAACCCACUGGGCAAAGAGCAGGCCACCCUGUACGUCCUGCCCCCACAGCCCUCACUGUCUCUGGCUGUAGCUUCGCCUCCUCUUCUGCUCCUCCUGUCAGUGUCUCUGGGAGCAAAAGUCCUCCUACUAGUGGGGAUGGGGGUGUGGAUGGUGCAAGGAGGAGCUCUGCAGGGAAUCAGCUGCAGGAAAAAAUGACCUGGUCUCAUUUAGAGACACUUCACUUAGUGUAUGAGCAUAAUGUGGCUGUGAGCUGAUUGAAGACUCUAAAUGAGAAACUGUACAACCCAGAAUGGCUGUAAAAUAUAAACAGUUUCAUGCUGAAUUUUAAUAAACACCUAAAGUUCAUCUUAUCUGUAGCUGAGCUACAUUAGUGUAUAUCACGCAAGUCGCUAAUUAAAAAAAGAGUUAUGGCAAUAAAUA